CCAUAGUUAAUAGUUAAUUCUUAACCUUCGCAGCUCCCACAACUCCGACCUCCAGCGAAUCACCCUCUCAUCAUUCACAAUGGUUUCCUUCCGGACAACCCUGCUGGCCCUCGUUGGCGCCGUGGCCGUCUCGGCCGACUACUGGGUCGAUCCUGAGACCGUGUCGCCGAUGCUCAGAACGGCGUGGUGCAGCGACCAGCGCAGCAUGUGCAAGCCGAUCUGCCUCGAGACUUCGAGGGGCGAGCCGCAGGUUAACACCUGCGAUUCCGAGACCCUCACGUACGGCUGCGUGUGCAGCGACGGCAAGCAGCCCAACGUGACCGAGUACACGCUGACGCUGCCCUACCACAUGUGCACGGCCUGGGGCACGCAGUGCGUGGAGAAGUGCGGCUCCGACAACUACUGCGCGCGCGACUGCCGCGAGGACCACCCCUGCGGCGCCCAGCGCCCGACCCGCGUCAACGACACCGACACCUCCUCCACCACCGCCGCUGUGCCCUCCGCCACCGGGCCCCCGGCAGACCAGGUCUUCGACGGCCUCGAUGACGGCUCCGACGGUAACGAUAACGACGAGAACGCGGCCGGCUCGCUGCGGUUCGCGAACUCGUACGGCCUGGCCCUCGUGGCCGGCGGGUUGUUCGCCGGGUUCGCCGUGUUGCUGUAAGGGGUCGAGUUGGUUGUUGUUCGCGUGUGUGUGGUUGAUAUCUGCAUUUCAACGGCUGGCUGGGUGGUGACCAAAGUUAAUUUAGACGAUCCGGGGAAAUCUGGGCCUAUGGGACAGGACCCUGUUGGUGGAACCGAGCUGGCGGAAAACGGCGGAUCGCCAAUCGCCCCAACCAGGAACGGUGUUAGUCAUGGUUUAUCUUUUUAAUGUCGGCUUCCGGAGUCUGACGCAUCAUUGGGUACGACGAAGUAUUGGGUAAUUAUUGC